AAUAUAGACCCGGACCCGACGAGCCGGAGCCACCGGAGCUGCCGGAGCGGCCGGAGCGGUGGAAUCUGGCGGAAGUCCGUCCGCGGUGCAGACGGUGCAGAAGUGGUGAUCGCUCUACCGGUGCUGCUCAGCUGUUUGGAUUACGCCGACAGAGUGCUCUGGACAAGAUAAGAUUCUUAAUUGACUGCGCUAUACCCAAUAUUAUCCGUCCUAUCUUUAGUGUCGACUUGUAGCAGGUUCCCACCAACACUCUGUCGGUGGGCCUGACCGUGGACGUCCGGCAGCGGCGAAAACGUAAGCAGUCACCGAUACUACUGUGACGGGUACCGUCGAGCAUGCCAUGAUGGGUGCCACCGGCGCAACGGUCGGAGUUCAUCCACUGACACAAGAUCCCGACGCCGCUUGGGCUCAGCUCAAGCCGCACCAGAACUAUGAACGCGUGUCGCCGCCGCUGCGGCUGGAUGCGCCGGUACGGCCGGACGCCGUACGCUUCGUGUGCGUCUCCGACACGCACAACUCCAUCGCUCGAAUGCGAUACAAGAUCCCGGCCGGGGACGUGCUCAUUCACGCGGGCGACUUUACGCGGCGGGGCCUUAUCACCGAACUCGACGAAUUCAAUCGCUUUAUGGCACAGCUCCCACAUCGAUACAAGCUGGUGAUAGCCGGCAACCAUGAACUGUCCUUUGACCCCGCCACCGCCAGCCACCAGGGGGGCUUUGCGGUGGGGAACUUUGCCCACUCCACCCCACAGGACGUGGCGCAGCAUGCCAAGAGGUCCCUCACCCACUGCACGUACCUGGAAGACAGCCAAGCCGUCGUCUAUGGCAUCAAGGUGUAUGGGUCCCCCUGGCAGCCCCGCUUCCUCAACUGGGCGUUCAACGUGUCGCGCGGCCAGCCGCUGCUCAGUAUCUGGGACCGGAUACCCGAGGACACGGACGUGCUGGUGACCCACACGCCGCCCGUGGGCCACGGGGACUUCUGCGUGUAUGACUGCCACGUCGGCUGCGUCGAGCUCCUUGGCGUGAUCCAGAGGCGCGUCAGGCCGCGCUACCACGUCUUUGGUCACAUCCACGAAGCUCACGGCGUGACCACCGAUGGCCAGACAACCUUCAUCAAUGCGUCCAUCUGCGACAUCAAAUACCGGCCUGUCAACCCGCCCAUCCUCUUUGACCUUCCCCUGCCCGAAGGAUUCUCCAAGGACUCCUGAUCCAUCGUUGCCACAUUGUAGUGUUGUUCCCGGUGCGAUUGCCUCCUGUUUGCAGUUCCCGAUUUAUCAUUGUUUAUAAGACCACCCUGGUCUUGAAAAUAUUUUUUUGUCAUUUCUGAUCUUAUUUGUGACAUUUUCACAUCUACUAUAAGUGCUUGUGCUAAGCACAAACAUAAGCUCAUUGUUUUCCUCUCUGUUAUAGUUUUCAAAAAGAAGCUAAACUUUAUCACAAAUGUUUAUGCCCAACGGUUAAGAAUUAAACAUGUUGGUACAUACUUGUACCAACUUCUAAAGUUUAAGCCGAUAUAUUUACAGGUUUAUGCCCAACUUUUUAACAAUACCCUAUAAAACAAUAUGGCACAAAGUAUGUUGGUAUGUUCUAAAAACACUAGAGAGUGCAAGAAAACCAUUCUUGUAAUUUUAGCAUCGUCCCAAACAUAGGUAUUGCAAGUUGACAUUUUUUUGCUGAUUAAAGGAGCUGUGCAACAAUCUCAGUGCUUUGCUUAAAAAAUUUGGGAGUUGUUGUCUCGACCUCUUUGAAGUAAAGAACAAAAAACUUUUGCCUGCA